AUCAAAAAUUAUAAUCCCUAAUAUUUUAUUAUAUGACUUUGGGAAUUUUGUAGCAUUUUCAUACUUUAUUUAUUUCUUCUCAAAUUCAUGCCGCAAACCCUAAUUUCGACAAGAUUGCAUUUUCCUGCAGCAGGGCUGAUUUUAGCUGCUGAUUAGUUUCUCUUCUUUUUUCUUUUUUUCUUUUUUGAAUUUUCAGUAACGAGUCGUGAUCGCUCCGGAGGUCCGAAUCUUCAAAGGAAAUCGAAUGUUCUAACUCCAUCAUUUCGUCUUCCAUGAAUCAUGACUGAAGCCGAUAUAUAGCGGGUUUUCUCUUAACAGAUCUCAAUUUUCUCGAACACUGAACCCUUUUCUUUUGAUCACUCAGCACAGCAGUUGAUUCAAGAACUUGAUUUCAUUCUAGCUGAAGCUCAUUAUCCAGAUUAUAAGCUCAUUCAGGGUUUUGGGGGUUUUUCUUUCUGGGUUUGGGUUUUUUAUGUUAAUGGAGGAGAGAGAGGAAACAAGUUCUGAAUUUGAGGGAGAGGAAGGCGCAGAGUGCUUCAGAAUUGAACCGAGAACUGAAAAUGCUAACCAAAUUGAUGGGCCGGCAAUGGUGGUUGAUUUACCGGCUGUGACUGUGCCGCCAACGAGUGUGGCAGUGCCUGUCAUGAAAGUCCUGAAAAAGAGAGGGAGGCCACGGAAGUCUGGUCAUGAUGGAGUGGCAUUGUCGCCAAUGCCGAUUUCAGCUUCGAUUCCCUUGAAUGGUGAAUUUUCAGCAUGGGAAAAAGGCAAAGGGACAUCAGUGGACAUGAUGAUGAAGAAGCAUAAGGUCAAGUAUGAAAGUCCAGGAAAGGGGGUUGCAUACUUUGUUGAUGCCAAUUUCACGCCUCAUGUGCUUGAUGUCAACCCCGGUGAGGAUGUCAUGAUGAAGGUUAUGUCAUUCUCUCGACAAGGAUCUCGAGCUAUUUGUAUUCUCUCUGCAAACGGUACAAUUUCAAAUGUAUCACUUUGUCAGCCUACUUCUUGUGGGGGUACUUCAACAUAUGAGGGUUGCUUCGAAAUUCUUUCCCUGUCUGGAUCAUUUGCGCCUAUCAUCAAUGGGGGAACGAUAAGCAAGUCUGGUGGGAUGAGUGUCUCUUUGUCAGGCCCAGACGGUCAUGUUAUUGGGGGAGGGCUAGCUGGUCUAUUGGUAGCUGCUGGCCCUGUGCAGGUGAUAGUCGGAAGUUUCUUAUCAGGUCAACAGAUGGAAGAGAAGCCAAAGAGGCAAAAACUUGAGCCCGUGUCAAAUGGAGUUGUUACUGUUUCCCGCGCCACCUGUGAUGAAGAGCCAUUGGGUGCAUAUGGUGGAGUUAAGACAAUUGUUACAUCGUGGUCCUCCUUCAAUGAAGAGAAUAUUAAUCCUAUCAAUAACUUGAUGAGUUUCGCUGUUGACAAUAAAUUGUCUUUCUCUCAAUAAAAUGUUUUUCUCUACUGGAGAACCUACUGGCAUUAGUUAACCGGAUUUGAGAGGCUUCUAAUUAAUCGCAGUGAUGUGUUGUAUCUGAUUCCUUUCAUCCCUAUGAUAAAACUGCUUAGGAUUUUUCUUUUUUGA